AAGGUAAUAUUCCAUUGGCAUCUCCGAUAAAAUCCCCCAUUGUUUCUCUCCAUUCAUUAGUAUAAAUACCUAACCACAUUUCUAUUCUCCUCAAUUCACAAACCAACAAGAACUCAAAGAGAGAUCCAUCAAUUAGAAUCACUAAUUUCUUUAGAAAUUUCCUGAGUCAUGGCUUACAAUAGCAAUAGCAAUAACAACAACAACAACAUUGUCGUUGUUUUCGACUUCGACAAGACCAUCAUCGACGUUGAUAGCGAUAAUUGGGUAAUCGAUGAACUUGGCUUCACUGAUUUGUUCAAUCAACUUCUCCCCACCAUGCCUUGGAACACACUCAUGGACCGUAUGAUGAAGGAGCUUCAUGAUCAAGGCAAAACCAUUGAGGAGAUCAAACAAGUCUUGAGAACAAUCCCAAUUCAUCCACGUGUCGUCCCUGCCAUCAAAUCUGCACAUGAUUUAGGGUGUGAGCUUAGGAUAGUGAGCGAUGCAAACAUGUUUUUCAUCGAGACCAUCGUUGAACAUCUCGGAAUUAGCGAACUCUUCUCUGAGAUCAACUCGAACCCAGGAUAUGUCGAUGAACGUGGCACAUUGAAAAUCUCUCCCUACCACGACUUCACUAAAUCCCCUCAUAGCUGCUCUUGUGGCACUUGCCCUCCUAACAUGUGCAAGGGUUUGAUCAUUGAGAGGAUUCAACAAUCUUUAGCUAAAGAAGGGAAGAAGAAAAUGAUCUAUCUAGGAGAUGGAGCUGGCGAUUACUGUCCAAGUUUGAAACUAAACACUGAAGAUUACGUGAUGCCACGUAAGAAUUUCCCUGUAUGGGAUCUAAUUAGUCAAAAUCCAAUGCUGAUUAAAGCAGCGAUUAGAGAAUGGACCGAUGGCCAAAGCAUGGAGAUGAUAUUGAUAGGAACGAUCGAGGAGAUUAGAUUGGAGGAAGAGAAGGAGAAGAUGUUGACUAGUGCGGAGAAUAAUUGCAAGAUGCAGACCAUCUCUAUCGGGAUUAAUAAUGUUCAUCAUGAACCAAUAUUGCCUCGUGCUCUUCGUGUGUCUCAGUCUAGUUAGACGUUUUUGAAAUAGUGGAGGAAGAAGAUUUACAACUGUGGUGUUUCUUCUUCCUCAUAUAUGCAUAAUUUGUAGUACGUACGAUUCCAAAAAGAUUGAAUUUAUCCUAAAUUAAUAUUGUAUGACGAUGAAAUUGCAAGAAGAUUGCGAUCUUUGUUUUUAUUAGUUCUUCAUUGGUUGAUAAUUCGAAGAAAAAGAAGAAUUAUGGAGUUUUGUUUGAUAAUUAUAUAAUUUCUUGAAGAAUGAACCUCG